AUGACUGCGGGAGAGAAAGGCAGGGAGGAGGGGCCAGCCAAGAGUGCCCUGCGGAAAGUACACAGGGCCACCCUGGUCAUCAAUUUGGCCCGAGGCUGGCAGCAGUGGGCAAAUGAGAACAGCACCAAGCAGGCUCAGGAGCCUGCAGGCUGGCUGCCCGGAGGGACGCAGGACCCAUCUCAAGACUCUAAACCGGUGAUACAUCUCACUCCACACCAGAAAGCCCAGAGCGCCCCCCAGGCUCCCUCCCUGAAGCCAGCGGGGCCUGGGGAAGGACUGAGCUCAGGGCAGGCCUCGGAGGUCUCCCCGAUCAGAAGGAAAGAGGUGACCAAAACCGUUGUCAGCAAAGCUUACGAGAGAGGAGGAGACGUGAGCCACCUCAGCCACCGGUACGAGGAUGGUGGCAUAGCUGGCCCUGGGCAGCCCGAGGAUGACAUCGACAGGAUCCUCCACAGCCACGGCUCCCCGACACGCAGGAGAAAGUGCACCAACCUGGUGUCCGAGCUGACCAAAAGCUGGAAGGAGAUGGAGCAGGAUGAGCCCAAGUGGAGGAGCGACAGCAUAGACACGGAGGACAGCGGCUAUGGAGGGGAGACAGAGGACAGGCCCGAGCAGGACGGGGAGCAGGUGGCCCCUGCCCGGAUCAAAAGGCCCUUGCCCUCCCAGGCAAAUAGAUUUACAGAGAAACUCAACCGCAAGGCCCAACGGAAAUGCAGUCAACUGCAGGACCUGAAAGGAAAAUGGCAGCGGUGGGCCGAUGAACACAUACAAUCCCAGAAGCUCAACCCUUUCAGUGAGGAAUUUGAUUAUCAGCUGGCCAUGUCCAGCCGCCUCCACAAGGGAGACGAAGGCUACGGCUGGCCCAAGGAGGGAACCAAAACCGCCGAGAGGGCCAAGCGAGCCGAGGAACACAUCCAUCGGGAAAUUAUGGACAUGUGCUUCAUUAUCCGCACAAUGGCUCGCCACAGACGUGAUGGCAAGAUCCAGGUCACUUUCGGAGAUCUUUUUGACAGAUAUGUUCGUAUUUCAGAUAAAGUGGUGGGCAUACUCAUGCGUGCCAGGAAACACGGACUGGUGGACUUCGAAGGAGAGAUGCUAUGGCAAGGCCGAGAUGACCAUGUUGUGAUUACUCUACUAGAGUGA